UCCCCCGUCCACAUGUAUACGGAUUGCUUGAUCCAUCAAGCUGAGACACAUUAAAAUUGAUUCUCCAAUUUAUAUAGCCAAACAACAAUUUCCCAAAACUUGUGAAUUUGAAUAAGGAACGCAAGACCCAGUAGUAGAAACAGGUACCCAUCACUUGAAACUUGAAAGAGAGCCUAGAAGUAGAAGUAUGAUAAUCGAUUCAGAUUCUACAUCUCCAUGAACUAAUAAGCCACCCCACUAAAACCCUAGCUGAUGCCCCUAAACCCCAAAUUUCAGUUAGCAAAGGGAGAAGAAAAACCAAAAAUCUCAAAAUGAAGGGUAGGAGAUAAAGGAUGCAGCUCCAGGAAGGGAGGAACAACAGUCAUGGCGGUGAGCGAACGACAAACAAGACGAGAGAACAAGGAACAGGAUGAACUGGCCGCAACCACGACGAGGUCUUGUGGCGUCACAUGUGAAAGGUUCAAAGCUUGUGAAAAUGGAGGAGGACAGGGCCCAAUAGUCACUGAGUUUCACCAUCGUCCUCACUCCGUCCAACACAAACGGCAACAGCAUCUCCAAGUUUGAUUUGCACGAUGCUCAUAACAUUUGAAAGAUCAAUCCUGUUCCCACUUCUCCCAUCACGGACAUGCCAGGCUAACACGGAUACAAAAACAGCUCUCCUGUGGGGUACUAAAUUCUCGACAGCCACAAUAACCAUCUCACCCAAGCAGACACGUUGUAUCUAUUGCAUGUUUGUCCAAUCGAAAUUGAGCCAAAAUGUUGGUGAUCCUGUGGAGAAGGAGAAAAAAGGGAUGAAGAAAGCGGGAAAGGUAGAGCACCACUUGUGGAAGAAACGAGAUUCAGCUCAGUCUGGCCAAAAGGCACUCGCUCUUGUCAGAACUGUGUCUGAACUCCCUAAUGAGAAAGAGGCUGUUUAUGGGGCAUUAGAUAAAUGGACGGCUUGGGAAACAGAGUUCCCAUUAAUUGCAGUAGUUAAGGCUUUGAAAAUCUUAAGGAGAAAGCGUCAGUGGGUUCGUGUAAUUCAAGUAGCAAAGUGGAUGUUAAGCAAAGGUCAAGGAGCAACAAUGGGAACAUAUGACACCCUUCUUCUCGCAUUUGAUAUGGACCAGAGGGUGGAUGAGGCAGAAUCAUUGUGGAAUAUGAUUAUACAUGCACACAUGCGCUCUGUCUCGAAGAGAUUGUUUUCUAGGAUGAUUUCAGUGUAUGAUCAUCAUAAUAUGCCUGAUAAGAUUGUAGAGGUAUUUGCCGACAUGGAAGAGUUGCAGGUAAAACCUGAUGAAGAUACAGUUAGGAAAGUGGCAAGUGCCUUUAGAAAUCUAGGCCAGGAAGAGAAACGGAAAUUGGUUAUAAAACGAUAUGGACUUAAAUGGAAGUACAUUCACUUCAAUGGUGAACGGGUGAGAGUUAGAAGAGAAACAUGGGAAGAUGAUGAAUCAACAAAUUGAAAUAUGUAAAUGUGAAUGAGGACCACACCUGUUGCUGAGUAUAAUGCAUGACAGGAUAACAAUUUUUUUUUUCUAAAGCAGAACUUUAUGUGAUGAAAAUAAUAAUUAUGGAGCAA